AUGGCCGCGGAGCAGGAGGUGCAGGAAGUGAAGGAGGAGGAGCAGGAGGAGCUGUGCGAGCCCAAGCAAGAGCAGCAGGAGGAGCCCAGCGCACUGGGGGCGGAGCUAAAGGACGACCUGGGGGCGGAGCUAAAGGAUAAACCCUCAGACUCUCCACUCGACUCCAGAGAGACACAGAUAAAAGAAGAAGAGGAGGAGGAGGAGGGGCGUGGCCUGUUCCCAGUGAUUGUCAGCGUCCGCAGUGAGAGAACUUUUUCCUGCAGCGUCUGCAGCAGACUCUUCAAACACAAACACGCUCUCACUCUGCACCACAAGGCCCACCGCAACCGCAGACCCUUCAGUUGUUCAGUUUGUGGCAAAGCCUUCACCCACAAGUGCUACCUGCAUCUGCACCAGAGAACUCACCGCGACAGGGUCCCACAGGCCUCUGAGCACCAGAGGACUCACCGCCCCAGGGUCCCACAGGCCUCUGAGCACCAGAGGACUCACCACCCCAGGGUCCCACAGGCCUCUGAGCACCAGAGGACUCACCUCCCCAGGGUCCCACAGGCCUCUGAGCACCAGAGGACUCACCGCCACAGGGUCCCACAAGCCUCUCAGCACCAGAGGACUCACCGCAGACAGCCCCGAAUACCUGAAAGAACUAGUGAAGCGCGCUGUCCUCCUAAAGUUCAGAGACAGAAGAGGAGCCUCACUACAGACAGACCCUUCAGCUGCUCAGUGUGUGCCAGAGCCUUCACCCACAAGUGCUACCUGCAUGUACACCGGAGGACUCACCGCGACAGGGUCCCAGAGGACAGUGUGCAUGAACAGCCGGAGCCCUGCCCCUCAGACUCAGACUCAGAUUCGUCUGAGAGCUGGACGCCUGAAGACAAACGCAGGAAGUGCCAGAGACGAGAGAGCCCACAGCAACCUUUCAGCUGCUCCGUCUGCCACAAGUGCUUUAAGAGCAGCUCUCACCUGAAGGAGCACUCUGUGACUCACAGCGGGGAGAAGCCCUUCAGCUGUUCCCUCUGGGAGAGGCCUUUCAGCUGCUCAGUCUGCUCUAAACGAUACAAAGACAAGAACAAGCUGCAGAAGCACAUGCGGCUGCACGGCGGGCUGCAGUGUGCGCAGACUCAGGCCCUUCAGCUGCUCAGUCUGCUGGACGUGGACGACCUCAAGGACUUUGUGGAGAAACGAGCUGGUUGGAGCUUCAGGAGCCUCAAACACUGCGUCAUCACACGUCCACACCGGGGAGAAACCUUCAGCGUGAGCUCAGCGAGGCACGCUGCGCGUCACGGACUGCAGCAGCUGAAGGGUCUCUCCCCUGUGUCGUGCACCAGGCAUGUGGCUGGAUCUCAGGUGGGAGCCGCUUGUUUGAAGCCCGUCGGCUCGCCCGUGUGCACCCGCAUGUGCGACGUCAGGUGCGCCCGGAUCUGCGCAAAACUCCUUCUGGACAGAAACGGGACAGUGAAAUGGGGGCGCCGCCCUGAGUGCUGCAGGCGGUGGGCGCCGCAGGGCUGGCAGGCCGUGGACGGAACGACUUCAGACACACGCCCACAGCGCACUGAAACCGGAGACUCGGUCCCCGCGGAGCUGAUCAUCAUGUGGUCCGUGCGAGCUGUGCAGCCCCGGGGCCUGUCCGCCGUGUCCCGGGCCCGGUGCAGGCAUCUCUCCCCAGGCAUGAGCCUCCAAAGGCGGACACACUCUCUGGACGUGGCUGCUCAGCUCCUCCGCACGCAGAGCUUCAUAAACGGGGACUGGAGCUCCACCGAGGCGCUGUUCCCGGUGCUGGACCCGUGCACCGGGAAGGAGAUCGCCCGUGUGUCGGACUGCGGCCCCGCGGAGGCCAAACGCGCCGUAGACUCUGCGUACGAAGCCUUCCAGAGCUGGAGACUCCGGAGCGCCAAAGACCGCAGUGUAAUUCUCCGCCGUUGGUUUGAUCUUGUGAUUCAGAAUCAGGAGGAUUUGGCAAAAAUCAUCACUUUUGAGUCGGGAAAACCUCUGGCUGAGGCUCGAGGGGAGGUGCUAUAUUCCGCCUCCUUCCUGGAGUGGUUUUCUGAGGAGGCGCGUCGUGUUUAUGGAGAUGUGGUGCCCUCCCCCAACAGGGACCGCCGCCUCCUGCUGCUCAAACAACCAGUGGGCGUGGCCUCCAUAAUCACACCUUGGAACUUCCCCAGUGCGAUGAUCACCCGUAAAGUAGGAGCAGCGCUGUCGGCGGGCUGCAGCGUUGUCAUCAAACCUGCAGAAGAUACUCCUCUGUCUGCUCUGGCCCUGGCUCAGGUACUAGCACCUCCUCCUGCUCCUCCUCUGUCUGCUUUGGCCCUGGCUCAGGUACUAGCACCUCCUCCUGCUCCUCCUCUGUCUGCUCUGGCCCUGGCUCAGGUACUAGCACCUCUUCCUGCUCCUCCUCCUCUGUCUGCUCUGGCCCUGGCUCAGGUACUAGCACCUCCUCUUGCUCCUCCUCCUCUGGCCCUGGCUCAGGUACUAGCACCUCCUCCUCCUGCUCCUCUGUCUGCUCUGGCCCUGGCUCAGGUACUAGCACCUCCUCCUCCUGCUCCUCUGGCCCUGGCUCAGGUACUAGCACCUCCUCCAGCUCCUCCUCUGUCUGCUUUGGCCCUGGCUCGGGUACUAGCACCUCCUGCUCCUCCUCCUAUGUCUGCUCUGGCCCUGGCUCAGGUACUAGCACCUCCUCCAGCUCCUCCUCUGUCUGCUUUGGCCCUGGCUCGGGUACUAGCACCUCCUGCUCCUCCUCCUAUGUCUGCUCUGGCCCUGGCUCAGGUACUAGCACCUCCUCCUGCUCCUCCUCCUCUGGCCCUGGCUCAGGUACUAGCACCUCCUCUUGCUCCUCCUCCUCUGUCUGCUCUGGCCCUAGCUCAGGUACUAGCACCUCCUCCUCCUGCUCCUCCUCCUCCUAUGUCUGCUCUGGCCCUGGCUCAGGUACUAGCACCUCCUCCUGCUCCUCCUCCUCUGUCUGCUCUGGCCCUGGCUCAGGUACUAGCACCUGCUCCUCCUCCUCUGUCUGCUCUGGCCCUGGCUCAGGUACUAGCACCUCCUUCUCCUGCUCCUCCUCCUCCUCUAUCUGCUCUGGCUCUGGUACUAGCACCUCCUGCUCCACCUCCAGACCAGGCAGGUGCACCUCCUGGUCUCACCUCCUCUCUCCUCCUCAGCUGGCAGACCAGGCAGGUGUACCUCCUGGUCUCACCUCCUCCUCUCUCCCCUUCAGCUGGCAGACCAGGCAGGUGUACCUCCUGGUGUGGUGAACGUGGUCUCCUGCUCCAGACUCCAGACUCCUGCUGUGGGGAGAGUCCUCUGCACUGA